AUGUACGACCUUUACCCGGAUUGCGAGGGAGAGCUGGACCUUAUCGGGGACGGCUACUGCGACGACGCGACGAAUAACCUUGAGGAGUGCGGCUUCGAUGGCGGCGACUGUUGCGAGUGCGAUUGCGUAAUACCAGCGGACGCUUCGGAGGACCAGCUGGCCUACAGCUGCGUGCAGUUCUCCUGCGACGACACCUCCUCGGCGUGCUACGUAGUGCCGGCGCCGACUCCGACCCCGGUGGCGGCGUCAGACGACGGGGACACGGUGGAGACGGCCGAGAAUGCGGCAACGACGGCGACGGCGGCGGCCAUCUCGACUAGCGCCGCCGCGCUUGCCGUGGCGCUCAUCUCCGGAGCUGUGGCGUUUGGGUGGUAGCGGCAGAGGCGUUCCUAGUGCGGGGUCAGCCCGGAUGUGGGACCUUCCUUACUCCUGUGGGCUUUGCCACAGGGUGCCGAGAGAGAGUCUGUCGCUGCUCUAUGUGCGACCCUCCCUCUGUGGGCUUCGCUAGGAUGCCGACCGAGAGAGAGAGAGGGACCGAAGCUGUUUUUUCCCGCUGCGGGCGUGCGCGGGGGGCGUGGUUGGGGGCCUGGUUUGGCCACCGGCCGCCCUUGGGUGUUGAGGCGGUGUGGCGGAGGAGGAGGCGUGUCCAUCGCGGGGGGCGGGGUUGUGGCGCCUGAAACUGUGGGGCGGUUACGUCAGGGCUGGAGCGGGUGGGACCUGAUUGGCUGGAGCAGUACAGGCGGUGCGGUUGGCAAUGGCCUGCCGGUACACUGCUGCUCGUGUCUGUGGAGUUCUCUUUCUUUUGCGGCCGCUCUCUUUUUCGGAGGAGGGGCGGUGUUUAGGUGGUGGUGAUGUCGUUGUAGAUGCGAGACUAGUUGCAGGGAAACGUGGUGCUUGCACGCAGGAGGGGCAUGGUUCCCUACCGUGCAGACGCCGAUCCCGAUCGGUGCGACGCGCGUGCGUGCGUGACUUCAGUGCGCGGAGUGAACGCACGUUUUGUAUUUCUAGGUGAAAGCGUGUUGUGUGAACCUGGGGUCGGGGUUCGCGAUGCCAGCGGGGGGGGCGAAGAAAAUGGUCGAGGGCCAGAUGGGUCAAUUGUUUUUUGAAAGGAUUUUUUUUCUAGGGUCAACUGUUCCAGCGGACGUUUUGGUUCGGAGGGAGCAAUCUCAUGUCUGCUACCAGCGGGGUCGCUUCCGCUCACGUGGGACAUUAGCCGUUUGUUUCGUCAGGGACUCUGGCGGGAGGUGUAUUUUUUCGCAACUUUUGCUGGGGGUUGGCAGCGGCGCGUUACCCAAGGACAAGGACAAGGCCCUCCUCAACAAUGGUGUGAAUUUCGGGGGAUGUAGGGGCAGCCGCCUGCGGAGGGAGGCGGGGCUGUGGAUCUGCAUCGGCGCCCAGUAAAUAGCGGGGUUGGGAAAAGGAGAGCGGCAGCGCAUGUAGUCAUCGACGCAAUAGAUACGGGACUCAUCUCUUUUGGUGGUGUGUGGUGUAGUUCAUUUUUGGAAGCCUGGGCAGAUAGGUCUUGGCGAAAACGGACGGCGAAGGGUUUCCACAAGCCGGGGUGGCGUUUCGUUUCUGUUGCUGCGGCGCGUGAUGAGCGAAAGGCGCUGGUGCUGUGACCACGCACGCGAUAUUCUCCCUCCUUUGUAGCAGGGGGGAGGGAUAAGAGCAGAGCAGAUUCCAGUGGUGUGGGAGGUCGAGUUUCCAAAUUCUUGUCUGUUACGGUUGUUCGUGGUUUGUCUUAUUUUUCUUGUUCUUUGUUUUGCCGUGUUUUUGGCGUGAAACGGUCAUCGCUUUUGUCGACCGACGCGCCCCUAGCCUCCGCCUGCCGUCCGGUCUAGUCCAUUCUGACAGCCCUGCGGUCUUUUGUCGCAAGAAUUAAUUCCGUGCACCCCGGGUGGUAACCCCCACUCCGUGGUUUCCGCCCUGCGGAGCGGUUCCUUCCAUGUAGCAUUCUAGCGAACGAAAACGAUUCGCCUGGGGCGAAACGGCAGUGCUUUCGGUUUUGUAAGUGGUUUCGCGUCCGUAGACGUGCUCCUUUUCCGUGUUGAAGUUCCAAGACGAUGUAUUAUUUUUCCUGUCAAGAGUCUUGUGUUUUCUUUUCGCUGCUGCUGUGCAAGGAGAUUUCAAUUCGAGAAAGAAAGUCUGGUUAUGUAGGACGGCCCCAACAGAAUGACCACGAGAUCCAGCUUUUCGUGGAUGCCCUUUGGGACAUAGGACAUCCGUGUGUUCCCUGUUCUUGUUCUUGAAAAUCACAGAUUGCGCUGAAGUCGACGUCAGGCUAUAUAUAAUACCUCAUGAAGGAGUGUGGGGUGGACGCUAGCUGGCGCUGGUGCUCUGGUUGCUCUCCCCCCAUGAUUUGUCGCAGGCAUGGACGAGAGUCGAGGACGACGUGAACAGAUAUUUUUGG